AUGGCUCUUGGAGCCAAUAAGACUAAAGAAAGGCAAGAGGAUUUGAAGAAAACUGCUUCACUGGAUCGUAAACAGAGUCCACCCCAGAGCCAGACCACAAAGAUGAGGAGGUCAGUCAGUGGAAAGAAGCUUUGCUCCAGUUGUGCACAUCCGUUGGGUAAAGGAGCAGCCAUGAUCAUUGAAAGCUUGGGGUUGUACUUCCAUAUUCAGUGUUUUAAGUGUGGCAUAUGUAAAGGGUUACUGGGCGACUCAAGUGCUGGAACUGAUGUCAGAAUUCGAAAUGGACUUCUUAAUUGUCAAGAAUGCUACAUAAAAUCAAGGGCUGCUGGCCAGCCAACAACAUUGUGAUGCCUCUGCACAUCUCACAACUGAAAUCUUAAACCAUCCCUGGAACAUAACCAACAACAAAAAUGUUUAUUCAAUGUUUCCAACAGUUUUCCUUACAGCACAAUCAAGCACACAAAUGAUGGCUUUUCCUUCUGGACUAUUUGACUGUUUUUGCACCUUCUUGCUUACACGGUAAAGAAUAUUACAGCGAUUACAGCAGUCUGUUCAUACUGUGACAAUAAGAAGUACUGGUAGCACUUUACCUCACAGUGGCCAUGUUACACACAUUUCAAUAGCGAUAAGGCCUGAAAAUGCUUCACGCAAAUAAAGAUGUGCUUUCUUGCAUUAAUGUGCACUAUCCAACCUCCGUACUAAAGGUGGUGAUCGAGAUAAAUACCUGUGCCAUUAACUCAAAUAAUAUUUAGGUAGCCAAAAGCUACUAAUAUAUACAAUUCAGGGUACUAAUAUGUACCUUAAAAGUACUAAUUUAGAGAGUGCAUAAAUGUUUAUAAAAAUCUAAAACCAAGAUUGCAGAAAUUGCAAAAACUGUUGCAGAUAUUUCAUUUUAUUAGAUGUUUUAGCCAGUGAGAUUUUUGGAUGCCUUUAUAAGUGUGAAAGUGACACCAUACUUUAGUAUGCACACUACUACUGCGUAGACAGAAACAUCUGCCUUUGUGCACUUGUUUAGAGGAUGUUUUUGGCCUAACAGCACUGACAUGGAAUUCUAAACUUGAACUACUAUUGACUACAUGUUGUUCAAGUACUUUCUUAUGUAAAUGCAUUGUAACAUGGGCACUGUAAUGUAGAGUGAGACUGAAUCCAUGUCUGUUGUGGAACAUGAGGUAGCACAAGCAUCCAGUUUUCAUUCAAGAACAUGUGCAUCUAUUAUUUUAUGAGUGAUUAAUAAUGUCA